CGCAGCGGCAGCGGCGGCAAUGGGCGACAGCUCGGCCUUCCCGGGCUUCCACAGCCAGUACAGCUACGACCGCGACUACGCGCGCCCGCUCUUCCGCGUCGCCUCCUUCUCCCCCGAGAGAGGCGCCGGCGAGCACGAGCACGAGCAGGAGCACUCCUCGCCGCGACGGCGCGGCGGUUCCAUGAGCCGCACGGCGUCCUUCAAGGUGACCGCGGCGCCGUCGCGCCUCUCGCAGGCGAUGAGCAAGCUCAGCAUGAAGAAGCUGCAGCAGGCCGUCGACGAGAGGUCCGUGGAAGACGAAGAGAUGGAGCUGAUGAAGGAGAAGUACACCAAGCUGCUCCUCGGGGAGGACAUGUCCGGCGGCGGCAAGGGCGUCUGCACCGCCGUCGCCAUCUCCAACGCCAUCACCAACCUAUACGCCACUGUGUUCGGGACCUGCCACAGGUUGCAGUCACUGCCUCCCGAGAAGAGAUCGAUGUGGAACCGGGAGAUGGACUGCCUCCUCUCCAUCUGCGAGUACAUCGUCGAGUUCGCACCGACGGUCCAGGCCAGGCCCGACGGGAGCACACACGAUGUGAUGGCAACCUCGCCGCGAUCGGACAUCCUGAUGAACCUCCCCGCGCUCGAGAAGCUAGAAACCAUGCUCCUUGGCAUAUUGGACAGCUUUGACAAGGCGGAGUUCUGGUACGCGGACCAGAGGAAGCAGUCCUUGAGCGAAACCAAGAAGCCGUCGUCGUUCAAGCGCAACGAGGACAAGUGGUGGUUGCCCGAGCCAUGCGUGCCGGAAUCCGGCCUCUCCGACUCUCUCCACCGUGAGCUGCAGCACAAGAGGGACCAGGCCAGCCAGAUCCACAAGAUGGCCAUGGAGAUCAACAACGCCAUCCUCUCCGAAAUGCAAAUCCCAUCCUCAUUCAUAGACACGCUUCCCAAGACCGGGAAAGUCGGGACAGGCGACGCCAUAUACCGGUACAUGUCCUCGGGGGACCAGUUCUCGCCGGACCACCUCCUCGACUUCCUCAACUUGAGCUCCGAGCACGAGGCGCUCGAGGUCGCCGACCGUGUCGAGGCUGCCAUGUACGUGUGGAGAAGGAAGGCCAGCAUCACCCACGUGGUGACCAAAUGGGAGAAUGUCACCGAGCUCAAUGCCGACGGCGACAAGAACUUGAUCCUGGCAAGCAGGGCCAGGAGCCUGCUGCUGUGCCUGAAACAAAGGUUUCCAGGCCUCUCACAGACCACCCUCGACACAAGCAAGAUUCACUACAACAAGGACAUUGGACAGGCAAUACUUGAAAGCUACUCAAGGGUGCUCGAAAGUUUGGCCUACAGCAUUGUCUCCUGGAUAGAUGACGUUCUCCUUGCAGAUGAAAAUGCAAAGCAAGGGAAUAGCACCAGGAUACAGAAGCAAGUGUUCAGCCAGGUCUCUCCUCAACGAUGACGACCCAUGAUGAACAAAUCGUAGAGUUAAAUGAGUUGAUUCAUUUCCUGCAUGCACAUGAUUAUUUUGUGAUUGGCGUCAUGACUUUACCCAGUAGUGGUGUGUGUGACAUUUUUUUUGUGAGAUGCAUUCAUAUCAUGAUGUGUGUAAUUACAUGUAUGACAGCUUCGGCACAAUCCAGACCCCAACAGAUAAUAAAAGGUCACAACCAUUAACUGUUUUUUUUCCUUCGAAACGGAGGCAAAAACUUUAAUAAAGAAGAAGAGAAUUACCCGGUUAAUUACGGAAAACCGGGCGAAAACCGCUACAACCCAUGAGGGGGUACAACCUGGCUAUCCACACAAGCUGCCGAGAGAGGAGCACCAUCGAGGCGGACUACAGGUGUCAUCGUCAUCACUCCUCCGCGAGCCAGCGACUCCGACUUCACCGCAAACCCCCAUCGGCGAGGCACACACCGCAACAGCCUCCACGAAGUCCGCAUCGACCUAUGCCAAACAGAACC